AUGAACGUUAACACGCUCCUGGUUCUGUCAUCCGCGACUGUGGGUUGGGCAGACAGAGAGGCCGAUGGUGAACAGGCAAAGGCCUUAACCAUCAAGAAAGAAAACCUGCCCUAUGUCGACGGCAGCUUCCGUGUCGGAUGCAUGGACCAGAGUGCAAACGAGACAAAGUGCACGGUUGAUGUGAAAGUCGCCGCCAGGGCUUCUGCGACAGAAGGACAGAAGGCCAUUUGCGCCUACGGUAGAGAGAGCAACGCCAAGAAGCAGGAAGUCACGCUGAGCUCUGCCCGCAAUAGCUUCACUCUCGUGUGCGGAGACAAGGGAGAGAUUGUCCAGGCGAGCUACAAAGUCGCCCACUGCCCCGUAGGAAAAGGGGAAGAGGCACUCGAAAACUGCAAGGAGGACUACAAGACCAUACUCCCUGAUUACCAAGAAGGGUGGUGGACUGAGGAGAAUAACAAGUCGAUCACUAUGAAGAUUCCAGAAGACAAAUUCCCGGAGCAAGACGGGAGCUUCAUGGUUCCGUGUCAGAAGGCAAAAAACAGCGAUGAUAAGGAGAGGCCCAAUGCUCUGCAGGACGGGAGUGUGUGUACCGUGGAUGUGCGGAUUUUAGGAGUUGGAAAACCAAGCUCAUCUUUCCCUUCGCCAGCCGUUGCAACUGGGGUGUCGGUUUUUGUGAUUGGGGCUGAGUUGCUUGCGCUUGCUGCCCCUGCUGGAGCAAAUUGCAAUUCAGGAGCCACUCAUUCUGAUGCCGGCCAUUGUGCUGUCAUUCUCUAA